CAAUUUCUUUUUUUUUUUUUACAGUUUGCACAGUCAUUGUUUUUGUUUCCUGCCUAGCUCAUAGCUUGAUCAUAACAAAGAAAGUAUAAUGACCUCCUCUUUCAAGGUUCCCAAGAAACGUCGCUUACGUCAAUUUGACGAUAAUAAACCGACCAAACGCGAAAAAGAAGGAGAAAGUAUAGAGUUUAGUUCGAUAGAAAAUUUACUCGAUAGGAAGAGAAACUUUAAUGAGAGAGAAGGGAAGGUUAAUGAGAUAACAAAGCUCUUCAAUGAACUAGAUCGUGAUCUGGAAGAAAGAGAGCGAAAUGGAGAGUUCGGUAUUGAGAUUGGUGAGAAGAAAAACGCUGAGGAAGAGUUGAAAGAACAUCGAAAAGCUCAUUUAGUAGAUUUUGACGACAACUUUUUAAUGAACGAAGACGAUGAAAAGGAAGCAGCCAUGAUUGAAAAGGACUUGCGUGAAGCAGCACGACUUUAUUUGGAAGAAGAAACUCAAGAAAAUAUUGAUAAGGUGCUUAAAGCCAACAAGAAACAAACAGAAGUAGUCGACGCACUUGACCGAUGGCAUCAAAGCUUUUUCAGAUCAGGCGUUAAACAUAUCCGACAACCAACUUUGAUAUCGAAAGAAGUCGGUAUAGGGCAGAAAGAAAUACAUAUCUCAGAACUAUCAGCAACGUCGAGAGGGAGAACAUUUUUACUAGAAUCAGGCUGUAUGAAAGAUUGGUAUCAUAGUGGUUGGAAAUGCCCCAAUUAUAUCUAUCAAUGGCUAUUUGAAGUGGUUGGUUUAGAAACGAACAAAAUUGCUGCAAGAAAUGCCCUUUCUACGCUAUUUGACUUAUGGACAUUACCCGGCAGUGAAGAGGAAACAAAAUCGUCACACAUCUACAAUCAACGUUACAUUGAAUUGAAGACGUUCAAAUCAGUAUUAGCAGAAUACGAUGCCAUUCCUUCUUCAAUUGUUGAAGAUAUUUUUUCAUCAUCAGAUGAAGAAACAGACGUAGAUACGCAGAGUCAAAAUGAUACGAAUUACGAUACCCAGGAAUGCCGCCAUAUUCCAUUAUCUCAGUUAGGCUGGAUGGUCAAAGCCUUCAGCUUUUCUGUUAGAUUAUGGUCAAAGGCUUAUACAUCAUACGAGAUUCGGCAUACUGUCAGAUUGUUACUACAACUUUCAAUUGAUAAAACAGGCUAUUUAGUGUUACAGGAUAUACAAACUGCGAUUGAUAAUUGCUUGUUUGCUAUGGAUAGAAGUACAUGGGAGACGGAAACUAAAACCAUUGCCAAUGACAUUUGUGACAUGGUUCCGUCGGUUACAAAACAGAUGCAUUUAUUUGAUGCCAUCAAACCUGUAUACGGUAGAUCAUGUCAUUUUAGGAGAGUGCUAGGCGUGACAUGCUUGGAACGAUGCUUAGAAAAGGAUAUGCCUGGUAGUGUUCAAUAUGUAUCAACAGACCAAUCCAUCAUCAAACAAGUAGCACAAAUAUUUCAUCAUCCAAAGGGCUUUUUCAAGAAAAAGGGUAUUGAAAUGGACUAUGAAGAAUGCUACAUUAAAGUAGCAAUACUAGAUGCUGCUAUCGGUUCAAACGAGGCCGAAAUAAGAAAUGACAAAGAAAGUAUCUUAUCCAUUGCUAAUGCUUUGAGAGAUAUCGGUCUACAAAUUGGUGCAAAAUUGGGUGUCAUGAACAAAACUUUGGCGAACGAGAUUAUCCAAAGAGUGUGGUCAAGGAUUACCUACGUACUUGGCAAAACCACCAAGCUUGAACUGUAGUGAACAGAAUACCCAUUGAUUAUUUCUACCACAGCUGACACGCUACCCGCUAUUUAAUUCAAUAUAAACCAUCAGGCCAUCAUCAUAUGCACAUUAUCAGCCUAGAUUUGGGGCUUAUUUUUCGUUAUCUAGGAUGCCAAGUGAAGUAUUUCUCAUACCUUAACGUUCUAUUCUGCGGAGCAGAAAAGUGACACAUCUCUCAAUACACUUUAUACCCAACAUCAACAUCUAUGCCGUUAUCGAUACGACAGGAGUGCAAUUUUUUGCCAAAGCCUUUUGUCAUAUGUAGUGACUGAUCCCUACUCAUCAGGCAGCAUUGGUAGAUUUCUUGA